AAACCUUCGCAUGCUACGCCGUGUCUUCUAAAAGGUCUAAAAUACAAGGAAAAUUACGAAGCACCUACACAGCAUAGACGUCAAAAAGAAAAAAAACGAAUAAAUAAGCCUUGAAGUUCAGUUCCUCAUUAAUCAGAAUGGGUUGUGGGCUCAGUUCGGAGGCCGCCGCGGCCCUACCAGUGCCAUCCAGCCCUGACGAAGCCCUAGAGCUGGCCAUGAAGCACGGAGACAUACAGGCGCUGGGAAAGGCUCUCGAAACCCAUGCGAAUGUAAACAAGAAAGUCAAAGACGAGCAUGGCACAGAGUGUACCAUUCUGCACAUGGCUGCUCGAGUUGGCAACGGAGAGGCAAUAAAGAUGAUCCUUAAGGCUGGGGCUGACAUCCGCGCCGUAGAUAGCAAUGGACAGACAGUGCUGCACUGGGCCGCUCUGCAUGAUAAACCCGACGCUGUUGUUGAAUUAGUGCAGGGAGGACUUCCCGUGGACACACCGGGGAGCAAUGGAGAGACGGCUCUGAAGAGUGCACUCCUAAAGAAGGCAAACAGCGCGUUGGCCAAACUCAUAGAACUGGGAGCGUCGGUACAGGACCCGGACAAGAAUGGACUGGAAGCUCCUUUGGUCACAGCAGCCAAGAAUGACAACGUGACUGCAGUGUUGCUGUUACUCAAGGCGGAUGCCAACCACGAGGGCAUCAUGGUGCCCACGAAGGAAGGUGCCAGCGUCGACCUCCUCACCUGGGCCACAAGGAACGGCCACAGUGAAGUCGAGCAGUUCCUCACAGAGAAGGAGGGCACCCAGAUUGCAGAGACACCUCAGCCAGCCCCAGAGGAACUGCCAAAGGAGGAUGAAGGAGGCCAAGAAGAGGCACCGGAGCCGGAAACAGAAACCGAUGCGAAGGAAGAAGGGAAGGAGGAAGAGGAUGCAAGAGAAGAAGGCGACGGGGCUGAGGAUACAACGGAAGCAGUAGAAGGCGCAGCAGACGAGGAAUCACCAGCUGAUCCUCCGGCCGAAGAAAGCGCAGAGGCUGACGAAGCCCAGCCCGAAGGAGGGGACGCGGAAGGUGCCGAUGCCACAGAAGGAGACGCAACAGAAGGAGGCGAGGCAACGGAAGGAGACGACGCGACAGAAGGUGGAGACGCAGUGGAAGACGGAGAAGCUGAGCCAGCUGCUGAGGGAGACGCCGGAGGCGGAGGAGACGACGCCGGCGAUGGUGGUGGCGGUGACAAUGCUGUCGAAGAAUAAACCUGAUCGCCUGUACAGGAUUAUGACAUCGAACGGUGAUUCGUCUUGCAAAUAAUACUGCAAAGACAGUGGGAAAUGAACUUACGAACAAAGAACGAAAUGAAAAAAGAAAUGUAUAUUCAUCCAUAUAUAUUUA